ACAUACACACUUGCAUUGCUUUUUAUUAAUUUGUCCAAUCAUUGUAGCUAGACAAUAUUGAAGUACUUCAACUCCAAUCAGUUGAAAAAACUACUGUAGUAUUUUUUUCUUCAUUUCAUGUGUUCUUCAGCACAAUGAUAUUCCUUAAUUUGCAAUCCAAAAAAGUAACACGAUUAAUUACCCUAGUCCUGAUUUACUUGUUCUCAAAUUGUACAACAUGUUAUUCAAGUUGCAUGAAUGGCUGUGAUAUAGCUUUAGCUUCCUUGUUCAUCUGGCCUGAAGUGUACCUCCCCGUAAUAUCCCAACUAUUUAACAACAUAUCGUACAGUGAUAUCCUUGAAUGGAAUAAUAACAUCACGAGCACGUUUAUCCCGACAGCAACCAGAGUUAACGUAGCUUUUCCUUGUGAUUGUCUUAAUAAUGGUGAAUAUUUGGGUCAUGUAUUUACAUAUAAUGUUCGUGCCAAUGAUACUUAUGAUCUCAUCGCGACCAGGCGGUAUUCCAGUUUGACGAAUAAGGAGUCGUUGAUGAGGGAUAAUAGUUAUCCGGAUAACAGUUUCCAGGAUAAUAAUGUGACCUUGAAAGUGACAGUGAAUUGUUCCUGCGGGAAUAAAGAUGUGUCCAGGGAUUAUGGAUUGUUUAUUACGUAUCCGAUGAGGCCAGGAGAGAAUUUGGAGUCUAUCGCGUUGGCGACUAAUACUAGCUCGAGGCUGAUAGAAAUGUACAAUCCGAAGGUGAAUUUCAGUGCUGGCAGUGGAUUGCUGUACAUUCCAGGCAAAGAUAAACUCGGGAAUUAUCCACCUGUACCAACCAGAAAAGGUUCAUCAGGUAAAAUUAUAGCUGCAAUAGCAGUAGUUGCACUAGCCGGAGUUUUGUUAUUGGUAGGCAUCGUUUAUGUGGGAAUUUAUAGAAAGAAGGAACAAAAGGUUGCAGCAAACAUCCCGGAAUGUUCUGGUCAAUCUCAUCCAUCUAGUCCUGCAGGCUAUUCGGGCAUACAUGUGGAUAAAUCAGUGGAUUUUUCUUAUAGAGAACUUGCUGAAGCGACGAAUGACUUCUGCGCAUCCAAUAAGAUUGGAGAAGGUGGUUUUGGAGCGGUCUAUUAUGCUGAACUGAGAGGCAAGAAAGCAGCAAUAAAACGAAUGAAUAGGGAAGGAAGAACAGAAUUUCUUGCUGAACUGAAAAUUUUGACGCGUGUUCAUCACCUGAACCUGGUGUCCUUAAUUGGGUAUUGUGUUGAGAGGUCCCUCUUCCUUGUAUAUGAAUUUAUUGAGAAUGGCAAUCUAAGUCAACAUCUUCGUGGGGAACAUGUAUUGCCCUGGUCAACACGGGUGCAAAUUGCACUGGAUUCAGCCAGAGGUCUUGAGUACAUACACGAGCACACCGUUCCCUUUUACAUCCAUCGUGAUAUCAAAUCAGCAAAUAUUCUUAUAACCAACAACUUUCACGGGAAGAUUGGAGAUUUUGGUUUAUCGAAGCUUGUUGAUAGCGGAAAUCCAACUAAGCAUUCACGUUUCCUGGGUACAUUUGGAUACAUGCCACCAGAGUAUGGUCAUUCACCAGUUGUCUCUCGCAAAGUAGAUGUAUUUGCCUUUGGCGUUGUACUUUAUGAAUUGAUUUCAGCCAAGCAAGCUAUAGUCAAAGAAGAUGGUUUUGAUGCACCAAAAAGCCUUGUUGCCUUGUUUGAUGAAGCUCAUAGUCAUUCAAAUCAAAUUGAAGCCAUUUCCAGGUUGAUAGAUCCUAAGCUCGACGAUAACUACCUCUUUGAUUCAGUCUACAAGUGCAGAUGGCGCAGCUCGCUAAAGCUUGUACAGAGAAAAGUCCUCAAAUGAGACCGACAAUGAAAUCAGUAGUGGUCGCUCUUAUGGCACUCUCAUUCCCCACAGAGAAUUGACAAUUUGAUAUAACGGCUUUCACUCUAUGGAAAUCAAGAUUAAAACGGAAGCUGUAAAGGCAGAAACAACUUGAUCAUGUUGCAUAAUGUAAAGUAUUAAAAGGUGUUUAGGCACAACAGGCCUCCUCAACAGGUGUUUAGGCACUUGUUUGAAUCAAGAGCUAAAUUCAACUACUGGUAAAAGUACUUUUGCAAUAGGGAUCAGUACUAUAAGAGAAGCGCGUAAACCGUCACCAUCUACUUCCAAGCAGCAUCUUCCUAACCUCCUUUGUUAAGCUGAUUAUAUCGUGGAGAGUGCAGAUCGACUCGGAUCUACGUACAUUAAACUGUACUGUAUUGUGUGGAGUUUCAUGAUUUCAAUUUGCUUUUUUGUUUGUAUGCUAAGAAUGAGGUACUCUUGAAUCUUGAUUUGGUAAAUGACCAACGGGAUAUGCUUAGAACAAGAAUUGUUCUGCACAGCCACUGAAGUGGUGCUAUAUAUAUCUCAGGCAUAGAGUACCAGUCCUUGUAAAUGUUCGGUACAUAGAUAUGUCAAGGUAAGACUUUUCAAUAAUUAAAUAAAUUAAGGGUCUUUUUUCUUUUUUGA